CAUCCACCUACGCACACCGCGGGGCGAUGAGAUGCAAACACACACACACACAGACAACAGUGUUAGAGUCAGACGUGGAGACCAUAUUCAAGAGAUACUCCCACUCCAGUGAAGGGGAGAAAAGGAAUGGAAACUAGCUCAAAAAAAGGGAAUAUACGCAUGAAGAAAAGCAGAGGAUUGGGAGAGGAGGAGGUCGUGACGCUGCAGGAUGACAAGCCGGUUCCGGUUGCUACAGUAACACCUGUUUGAAGGAGCAUCAAAACAAGCCUCUUCAAAUGUGAAUAGCAGGCGGCGGUGCUGAGGAGUCUCUGCCGUCGCAGUUGCAGCCGAAGGAGAGGGGACGAAGCAAGCCUGUGUGAAUGUUGGCUGGGUUAAGGAACGCGGCAGGAUGGCGUCCACAGGCACGCAGAUCUUCGCCUUCGUGCUGGCAUUGUUAGGCAUCCUAGGUGCCACGGUGGCCACGUUACUGCCCAACUGGAAGGUGAGCGCGGAUGUCGGUUCGAACAUCAUCACUGCCAUCUCGCAGAUGCAGGGGCUGUGGAUGGACUGCACCUGGUACAGCACGGGCAUGUUCAGCUGUACGCUAAAAUACUCUGUGCUGGCGCUGCCCGCAUACCUGCAGACGGCACGCACCACUAUGGUGCUUUCAUGCGUGUUGGCAGCACUGGGAUUGUGUUUGGCCUCUUUGGGUCUGAAGUGCACUCGGUGGGGCGGUGACGGCCGUGCUAAACGCCACGCUGCCAUGGCAGCCGGCACCUGCUUUCUGGCCUCUGGCUUCCUCUGCCUCGUUCCCGCCUCCUGGUACACAAACGAGGUGAUUGUCAGUUUCCUUGACGUCAAUGUGCCCGAAAGCAACAAGUUUGAGCCAGGCGGCGCCGUCUACGUAGCCUUCGUCUCGUCUGGUUUCCUUUUCGUGGGUGGAUCCAUUUUCUGUCUAUCCUGCUCGGGUAAGAGACACGGCCCCCAGGAUUUGAUACUUCUCCCUCCAGACAAACUCCUCUUGCAGCAGCAACAACAAUUGCUGCAACAACAGCAGCAACAGGAGCAGCUCCAGCACCAGUACUGCUCCCUCUCUCCGCUGGACAACAAGACCGGCUACAGCCUGCAGGACUAUGUAUAAGGGAGCAAGACAAGUGCAAUGCACUGCCACUCGACCUCUUGUGAUUACAAAAUGAAAGGGCGAGAGGGACCGCAACUUUCCCUUCUCCUUUCCAAUUCUUUCCUUUUUAAGAUCAGCAAGCACAAAUGGUGGAAGUAUUCCCUGAAGCGUCGUCUUGGAACAGACGGAUUGUGAAUACUGAGGGGCGAGUGGCAGAAACGCUGCAGUAGCGACACGCUAAGCGAGAUGAUAAAUAAACGCACAUAUCCAGCAUCCUAGUAAAUCUUAUUAAAGUGUUCCUCUGGGAACGGAUUAGCAACAAGGAAAUGUUUCUGCUACUUCAAAUCCCGCCCCCCCCCCCUUCCCAAAGAUCUGAACUCAGAAGCAAUCGUUUAGCUGCUAACAAUCGUUUGGUAACCUCUGUUUAAAGUAAGAUGGCAAUAUGUCUCUAAGAGGCAAUCGUAUGGGAGAGCCAUUGUUUGGGAGAUUCUUUGCUUUUCUUUCUACUUGAGUUAAUGGUUGUGUUAAUGAAAUCUCUUGUCUUAUUUUGGUAGCUGAUAGGAUGAUUGAUAUUCUGCCUAAGCAUGCUUUCUGGAGCCUGUGCAUAAUGCAGUGGAAUGCCUGAUGUAGACUGAAUUGUAGCCAUAUAGCCUGUGCCUAAAGAGCUGUAGUUCAUAAACCGCUGAAACUGUUUGGAGAAAAGUGGGAGGAGAGAGUGAAUUGGGGUUGCUGGGUCAGGUAUGUAUGGGAAAUCCAUAUGGAAAUCCAUAUGAGAGGAGACUGCCCCUUCUUACGUCAAAUGGACGAUGUAAUGUUGUGCUGUUCAACACUUUAACAAAAGCAAGCUGCCUGCCGCUCUAUCACACACAUUCAUACACAUACCGUGCUGCAUGUGUGCUUUUUACUCAUUCUGCUCCUCACUGCCAUGGAGACAGGAUUUUAUACCCAAAUACGUGUAUUGUCUAGGGGUCGUAUCUCUCUGCACACUCAGAGGAUGGUGGUCCUCUCUAUGAUGAGUGUCAUGAAUCACUCCAGCCAAGAGCAGGGGAUCGGUGUCUAGAGACAAAGCCUCUGCAACACCCUCUCUCUCAGACGGGAGGGUCCCUAUUCUGCUGACCAACUCCAAUCUUGAGGAGACAAUAUACGUGCAGCAGUUUUGUUUUAGAAAGAUUGAGUUUCAGUAAUUGGCAGCAAUUCGCUGCAAUAUGUCCACUCUCAAUGGAAAUCUCCUUUGCCAAAUGACGUUUGCUUUUCUCCAAAUUUGAAUAUACAGCCAAUAUGUCUCCAAAUGCCUGCUGACAGAUUGUCACCUACAAGGGGCUCUUUAAAAAUCGCCUUAAAGGAAUAUUUCAGGUUAUUCUUAACAUCCAUGGGCAUCAUCUGCGGCAUAUUAUCAAUUACCACAGAAAGGGAAAUGGUUAUAUGUUUACAGUGGUUUAUUUGUGGUGCUGCUCGCCUUCCUUCCAUUGUUAUUACUGUACGUGUUACUAGCGUAAAAGCAUUUCUUAUUUGUUUUCACAGACUUGAAAGUAGUAAUCGGCCGCUUGCCACAAUGGGGUUUUAAAUAUACACUAAAGAAGUCAACAUUUUUGUCAGCAUGCCACAGAUGCUGCCCAUAGAGGGCAUAGCUUAAAGGGAUAGUUCACCCAAAAAUGAAAAUUAUCCCAUGAUUUACUCACCCCCAAGCCAUCCUAGGUGUAUAUGACGUCUUUCAGACGAACACAAUUGGAGAUAUAUUUAAAAAUAUCCUUGGUCCUCCAAGCUUUAUAAUGGUAGUGAACGUGGGGCCACAUUUUAAAGCCCAAAAAAAUGCAUCCAUCCAUCAUAAAAGAUAUUCACACGGCUCCACUGGGUUAAUAAAGGCCUUCUUAAGCAAAGCGAAGCGAUUUUAAAAAUAAAAUAUUCAUAUUUAAAACUUUAUAAAUUCAAAUAACUAGCUUCCGGCGGACAACCAUAUGCAUACUGCGCAAGUUGACUUGCGCCAGAGUAAACCGUGACGCGAUGUAUGACGCAGGACACUGGGGUAUCGCAAGUUUAGACGCCUCUCGCGGUUUAAACAAAUAGGGCUGUGCAACAAACUCGAGCUCCUCUUCUCUUAUAUCAAAAUCCUCCGACAUUUCUCUUUAAGAAAAUUCUUUUUAUAAUUCUCAUUUUAGACUUCUAAUUCAUGAGCUGUGUUUUGUUUUGCUCUAUCCUUGAUGCGUCAUGUGUCGGGUCAGAGGCCACUCUUCCGCUGCAAUCGAUGGCCAAAAGCUAGUUAUUAUAGUUAAAGUUUUAAAUAUGGAUAUUUUUCUUACAAAUACCCAUGGCUUCACUUCAGAAGGCCUUUAUUAACCCCCUCGAGCCGUAUGGAUUGCUUUUAUGAUGGAUGGAUGCACUUUUUUUGGCUUCAAAAUGUGCCCCCCCCCUUCACAACCAUUAUAAAGCUUGGAAGAGCCAGGAUAUUUUUAAAUAUAUCUCCGAUUGUGUUCAUCUGAAAGAAGAUAGUCAUAUACACCUAGGAUGGCUUGAGGGUGAGAAAAUCAUGGGAUAAUUUUAAUUUUUGGGUUGAACUAUCCCUUUAAUAUUCUUUUAAGAGCGAGAAACUUCACAUUGUCAUCCUCGACCUCCCUCAGUGCUUGCCAUCCCUGAGCGCUUAUGGAUGCCGCCUCUGACAGCCAGAACAGUUGCAUGUCAUGUGCCAAUUUGCCAAUGCAUGUACCCCCUCAUAAGCAUGCCCCCCCUCCCCUGCACACAUAACUUGUGCCAAGAGUCGAGUAAGUGUGAAUGUGCUUGGAUGCAGCCGUGCGUUUCUACGCUGCUGAAGGGAGGAAUGCAAUUUCAGUGUUGUUCUACUCUGGCAAAAAGAGCUUUGGCAGUGAUGGAUGGCACAGCGCAUUCUUCCUCUCAAGCAGAUUCCCACAGGCGAGCAGAUGGCUGGGCCCAGCUCGCCCCCUGCAGGCGGUGGCGGGCAUGCUGAGUGGGCACAGCCAGGCUUUGUGCUGCCCCUCUAGGGCAGAUUACGCCCUCCUCAGCAGACCGUGCCAGCUCCUGGACAAUAACGACUGCCCAUGCACCAUUACCGAAUGCAAUAAGCACUCCUCCUACCCUCCAAAAGUGACGAUGCACUGAAAUGUUACAAUUGUGAAUGUGCCAAACUAAUGACUACUUUGCAAAUGUAUGUACAGGUGUACUGUUCUGUUUGCCAAAUGCAAGAUGAUUUAAAGUUUUUCAAAGACUGUCAUCUGUAAUGAGAGAUAAUUUAUAAAUAUAAAGUUGAUCAACUUGCAUACUUUCCCCCUAAAAUUCCAAAGCACAACGAUCCCAGGAUCACAAACUGUUCAGGUUCACCAGGGACUGAGACCAUUUAAAUUGUGCUUUGGGAUUUCAUAUUCAUCACAGCUCUGCAGAGAUUGCGUUUAUCUUUUUAUUAAUUUCCUGAGAGCACUGUACAACACCCAAGCAUGUUCACAGCAAAUCUUCUUUAUAAGAAGACAAACAUUUACACCUUUACUUGUGUAACCUCAUUUGAAAGCAAUUUAUUUUUUGUUAGCCUAACAUGCUAAAAGAUACACUGAAAUAAAGAUGAUCAUCUGUAGAUAGUAUUACCAAUAGAGGUUUUGUAAUUAUAAAGACAAACUAUUCAUAUAUUGUUAUGGUGCAGCUUGUUUAUUAGCACGCUAGAAAAAAAAAAAAAAGUUUCAUAUGACCCAGACGAAACUGAGAGGCCCUCGUUUUUGUUCAGUGGCCAAUUUAAUGAUUCCAGACUGGAUAAAUGAAGCUUAUAUUUUGGUGGAUGCUUCCGCACUUCUUAAUUUUGCAGAGGAUAUGGUUCAAAUAUUUCUGUACUGUUCUCUCAGUGUGCUUGUGCAAGUAGUUAUAUUUUUAUUAAUAAAAAAUGGUGGAAGCAUAUGUUCUUAAAAAACA